GCGGCUGGAGCUGGUGAAGCAGGUCUCCCACAGCACACACAAGAAGCUCACGGCAUGUCUGCAGGGCCAGCAAGGGGCCGAGGCUGACAAGCGCUCCAAAAAAUUGCCUUUGACAACACUGGCUCAGUGUCUGAUGGAAGGGUCAGCUAUCCUGGGAGAUGACACACUUCUUGGGAAGAUGCUGAAACUCUGCGGCGAGACAGAGGACAAGCUGGCUCAGGAGCUGAUUCAUUUCGAACUGCAAGUUGAGAGGGAUGUGAUCGAGCCGCUGUUCUUGCUGGCCGAGGUAGAAAUCCCAAAUAUCCAAAAACAGAGGAAACACUUAGCCAAGCUGGUGCUGGACAUGGACUCUUCACGAACGAGGUGGCAGCAGACAUCCAAGUCUUCGGGUUUGUCCAGCAGCUCACAGCCUGCGGGUGCGAAAGCCGAUGCCCUCAGGGAGGAGAUGGAGGAGGCUGCCAACAGAGUGGAGAUUUGCAGGGACCAGCUGUCAGCUGACAUGUACAGUUUUGUGGCCAAAGAAAUCGACUAUGCAAACUACUUUCAGACGCUCAUCGAAGUGCAGGCCGAGUACCACAGGAAGUCCCUGACACUCCUGCAGGCCGUGUUGCCUCAGAUAAAAGCACAACAGGAGGCCUGGGUGGAGAAGCCUUCCUUUGGGAAGCCCCUGGAGGAGCACCUCACGAUCAGCGGCCGGGAGAUCGCCUUCCCCAUCGAGGCGUGCGUGACGAUGCUGCUGGAAUGCGGGAUGCAGGAGGAGGGUCUCUUCCGAGUAGCCCCGUCUGCCUCUAAGCUGAAGAAGCUCAAGGCGGCCCUGGAUUGCUGUGUGGUGGAUGUACAGGAGUGUUCGGCGGACCCCCACGCCAUCGCAGGAGCUCUCAAGUCUUAUCUCCGGGAGCUGCCAGAACCUCUGAUGACCUUUGAACUCUACGAUGAGUGGAUUCAAGCUUCCAACAUCCAGGACCAGGACAAGAGGCUCCAGGCACUGUGGAACGCGUGUGAGAAGUUGCCCAAAGCCAAUCAUAACAACAUCCGAUACUUGAUCAAGUUUUUAUCUAAGCUCUCAGAAUACCAAGAUGUCAACAAGAUGACACCCAGUAACAUGGCCAUUGUAUUAGGACCCAACCUGCUGUGGCCACAAGCAGAAGGGAACAUCACAGAGAUGAUGACCACGGUCUCACUGCAGAUCGUCGGGAUCAUUGAGCCGAUCAUCCAGCACGCAGACUGGUUCUUCCCCGGGGAGAUAGAGUUCAACAUCACGGGCAAUUACGGGAGUCCAGUGCAUGUGAACCACAACGCCAACUAUAGCUCAAUGCCCUCCCCAGACAUGGACCCCGCCGACCGGCGCCAGCCCGAGCAGGCCCGCCGGCCCCUCAGUGUGGCCACAGAUAACAUGAUGCUGGAGUUUUACAAAAAGGAUGGCAUGGGCGUGAGGGUCAUGGACACGUCGUGGGUGGCUCGAAGAGGCUCCUCAGCCGGCCGGAAGGCAUCCUGCGCCCCGCCUGCCAUGCAGCCCCCCGCCCCACCCGCCGAGCUCGCCCCGCCCCUGCCGUCGCCCCUCCCGGAGCAGUCCCCGGAGGGCCCCGUGGCGCCCGCGCUCUCUCCAUCCGGCCUCGGCCUCCAGCCUGCAGCUGAACGAACCAGUGCUUCUAAAAGCAAAGAACUUUCUCCAGGAUCAGGGCAGAAGGGAAGUCCGGGUUCUAGCCAGGGGACACCCAGUGCAGGCUCGCAGCCUGGGGCACAGCCAGGCACAAGUCCGGGCCAGCCACCUGCGGACCAGAGCCCUCACACCCUCCGGAAAGUCUCCAAGAAGCUGGCACCCAUUCCGCCCAAGGUUCCCUUCGGCCAGCCGGGGCCCCUGCCUGAGCAGCCUGCCGGCCAGCCAUCCCCACUCAGCCUGUCCCCCACGCCCCCCAGCACCCCGUCACCCUACGGACUCAGCUAUCCCCCGGGCUACUCCCUGGCAUCAGGCCAGCUCUCCCCCGCGGCCCCGGCGCCCCCACUGGCCUCCCCCUCUGGCUUCACGGGCGCCCUAAGCAAGUCGCGGCCCACCCCGAAGCCCCGCCAGAGGCCCACCCUGCCGCCGCCCCAGCCGCCCACCGUCAGCCUCGCCGCCUCCAGCCCGCAGUCCUCAGAGCAUCCCGUGCUGGACGGCGUGUCCCCUGGGGAGAGCAUGUCGACAGCUGUGUGACACGGGGGACGCGGUUGUGGACACGUGAGGGGGAUUUGCAGGAUCUGGUCCACUUCGACGUGCCCUCCAUCCACGUGGAGCUGGGGUCAGCGCUGCGCCUCGGGCCCCUGGAGCACGUGCGGCGACACUCGGUGGCUGAGAAGAGAGACUCGGAGGAGGAGUCGGAGAGCA